AUGGUUAAAUUCAACAAGCGUGCAUCAAAAUGCAAAGACGAUAAUCAAUACGAAAAAUUGAAUAAAGAAAUGAAGCAAUUUAUCAGGAAAUUUCCUAACACUUUUGAAUCCCUUAACUCAUACAAACGAAUGGCUUUACCCAAAAACGCAUCAUUAGAAACCUCUAAUGACACGAAAGAAAUAGAGGCAAGACCCAACAAGCGAGACUUUGCUCGCAAUACUAACCUACACCCAUCCCACAUCACAGGAUCUCCCAAACGUACUCGUCCUCCAGAUUUUAUCGAUGACUCCUUGGAAGCGGGACCUUCGAAAUUUUAG